UCAGUUGAAAGUGGAACUUCAAGAAGAAAUCUCCAUCCAAACCCGAAAAAUAGAAAAUGAUCCUACUGGUGAUCUUCCUUUGUGGAAGUUUUUUGAUUUCCCCUUCGCUGGGAUCGGAAGAUCUGGUAUCGCAGUGCCAAAGUAAUUACCUUGACUUGCUUAGAAAGCAUUCGAGCUUGCAGGAAAAGAAUCUGGAAAAAUAUGCCCAGAUAAUUCAGUGCCAGAGAGUUCACUCGGAAGUGCAAAACAAAUAUACGGAAGUGCUGCAGAAACUCAACGAUUGUAAUGUUAAAUAUGACAAGUUGCAACCAAAGCCUCUGGAAGUUGACACUCUUAGAGCUUUCAUAACUCAACAAAAGGAGGAAAUCGAACUUUUAAAAUAUCAGAUUGGGGAACUAAAAGAAAAAUGUGAGCUGGGAAAGUUAACAAGUCAAUUUCGCGAAGAUAUUGCCAAGCUGGCAGAAAUAGUAAAGAAUGGAGAACCGCCCAGAAGUGAAGUUGCGAAUAAUGAUAAUCAGGAGAAUAUACAAGCAGCAGAAAAUACAAACUCAAAUAAUAAAACGGAGACAGUUGAAGUAAAAACUGAAGAAAUUCCAACAACUCAAGAGGAUAAUAGUCGUAAUCAGACCAAGGUGAUACCACAACCCAGUGAUCGUUGCCCAGAAAGCCAAGACUAUCGCGAUAUCCUUCAGGAAAUCCAAAUUCCAGGCACAAGUCCUUUUAAAGUGAACUGUUUCGCAGAUGAGGAUAUUGGAUCUGGAUGGAUGGUUGUUUACAAUAAAGUUUCUUUUUCAUUUGCAUUUAGUCGUCCAUAUGAGGAUUAUGAAAGGGGAUUCGGAGAGGUCUCAACGAAAGCGGAUGAUGAGUUCUUUAUCGGACUCGAGAGACUACACCUUCUGACGAGUGAGAAGCCCUACGAGGCUAGUUUAUACUACGAUGAAGGGCUCACAAAGUGCGACCACUUUGUGGUGGGCAAUCGAAGCGAGGGAUAUGUGCUGAGGAAUAUUGGAUGGUAUACCGGUGGAUCUACGAUGGGCCUUAGCCAGGGCACCAAAUUUUCCACCUUCGAUCGAGAUGAGGACGGUCAUGCUGAUAACUUGGCAAUGAAAAAAGGAUAUGGCUGGUGGUUUGAUCAAAAUUAUACCCGCACUAAAAAUUUAAUAUUGCUGAUCCGAAGAACAGACUAAACAGCUUUCUGCGCAGACUUUGGAAAGGGAAAAAUUAUACGG